GUCCCAAGAUUAUCUGUGAGGUUGGAUUCUGCUCUUUCUAAUUGAAGUAUCAGCAGUGCUUAAAUGGGUUGGAAAGACAAGAUUAGGACUGUGUUUCAGGGUAAUACAAAUGCGAUUGAGCUUGGAUGUGGACAUACUAUCAAGUCUCAUGGAUCAUCAGUUGCAAGAAUUCACAUGCAUGACUGGCUUAUAUUGCUACUGCUUGUAGUAAUAGAAGUAGUCCUUUAUGUCAUCGGUCCAUUUCACCGGUAUGUUGGAAAGGAUAUGAUGACUGAUCUGAAAUAUCCCAUGAAAGAUAAUACGGUCCCAGUGUGGUCUGUUCCCCUAUAUGCAGUUGUAUUACCUAUUAUCAUCUUCCUUUUCGUUUAUCUUCGGAGGAAGGAUGUCUAUGAUCUGCACCACAGCAUUCUAGGCCUCUUAUUUGCUGUACUUAUUACGGCUGUAAUCACGGAUGCCAUCAAGAAUGGAGUAGGCCGUCCCCGACCGGACUUUUUCUGGCGUUGCUUUCCUGAUGGUAAAGAUGAGUACGAUCAGUGGGGAGACGUGAAAUGCCAUGGUAAAGCAAGUGAUAUUAAGGAAGGACAUAAGAGCUUCCCAAGCGGGCAUACCUCAUGGUCAUUUGCUGGUCUCGGGUUUCUAUCGUUGUAUUUAGCAGGGAAGAUUAAAGCAUUUGAUCGCCGAGGGCAUGUGGCAAAACUAUGCAUAGUUUUUCUUCCUCUCCUAAUGGCAUCUCUUGUUGGGGUCUCACGUGUGGAUGACUACUGGCAUCAUUGGCAAGACGUGUUCACUGGAGGAAUGAUAGGCCUUUUCGUUGCAACAUUCUGUUACCUGCAGUUCUUCCCUGCUCCAUACCAUACUGAAGGAUGGGGACCUUAUGCAUAUUUCCGUGCAAUGGAGGAGGUUCGUAGUAGCAGACAACACGUCCACCCUACUAACGGAGGAUUAGAGAUAGAACGUCCCGAGGUACAACUGAAUCAGCGAUCCGGUACAACUCCCAAUCCAUUUGAGGAUGUGGAGUAUGGCAGAAUGUGAGACACAAACACUGUACGCUUAUGCUUAUAUUUGUCAAAGUAUUUUAGUUGGCACAGUUUGUUAUUUUCUUGUGAAUAUUUAUGUCUGUUUUUGUUAAGUAUUUUAGCUUUAGGGAACUAUUUGAUUACUGAAAUUGUUU